UGUCGUCGAGAUCUGCUCUAAAGAAAAGCAGCCAAGAAAAACUAUAUAAAAUAGAAUUUCGUCUGCUAACACAAAAAGCAACAUCUAUUUUGGAAAAUGUGCAUAUUAAACGCGACAACGUCUGCUGAACUGAAUAAUAUAUAAUAUAUAUACAUAUAUAUAUAUAUAUAUAUAAAAGUGAGCUCGCUCUCUAUCUGUUCAAACAAAUUCGGGCAUUAAAGUCGAAUAAAGCAAUAAACCUGUGAAUUAUAGUGUUUAAAUCUUAAACAAAAACAAUGUCUUGUUGCGGCCAAAUAACCACCGUGCGCGUGCCCAUCGAACUGAACAAUCAGAGCGAUGUGCUCAAGGGUCCAGAACAAAUACACGUCUCCAAGUUCUACAAGGAGUCCAAGAAUGGCAAAUUUGUAUCCUACAUCACAGAGAAUGUGCGCACGUUGUACCAGACGUUCCGUGAAGGUGCCUACGCCUCCAACAAUGGACCCUGCCUCGGCUGGCGGGAGACCCUCACGUCGCCCUAUCAGUGGAUUAACUAUGAUGAGGCGCUGCUGCGUGCCAAGAACUUUGGCUCCGGGAUGCUGGCAUUGGGCGCACGGCCCAAGCAGCUGAUCGGCAUCUACUCACAGAACCGGCCGGAAUGGAUACUGUACGAGCAGGCAUGCUACUCGUUCUCCCUGGUUGUGGUGCCUCUGUACGAUACACUGGGCCCGGAUGCCUGUGCCUUUAUCAUACGCCAGACGGAAAUGUCCAUUAUUAUUGUCGAGGACGAUGCGAAGGCGUCCAUGCUGCUGGAGAAGGCGCCGCGCAGCCUGAAGAUCAUAGUUUCCAUUAAGCCCAUACGCCAGACGACACUGGAGCGUGCGCGCAGUCGUGGCGUCCAGAUCUUCUCCUUCAUCGAUGUGGAGAAACUCGGCGCCAAGGGCAAUCAUCCAGAGGUGCCGCCCACAUCGGAGGAUCUGUGCACGGUCUGCUAUACCUCGGGCACCACUGGCAAUCCCAAGGGCGUGAUGCUCACACACGGCAACGUGGUGGCCGGCGUCUGUGCGGUGAUCCUGCAAAUGGGUGAUCAUCGCAUCCGGGCCGGAGAUGUGAUGAUUUCCUUUCUACCGCUGGCGCACAUGUUCGAGCGCUGCUGCGAGAAUGGCAUCUACUAUGUGGGCGGCUGUGUCGGAUUCUAUUCCGGCGACAUCAAGGAGCUGACCAACGACCUGAAGAUGCUGAAGCCCACGGUUAUGCCGGCCGUGCCGCGUCUGCUGAAUCGGGUCUACGACAAGAUACAGAACGAUAUAUCCGCCUCAAGUCUGAAGCGCGGCCUCUUCAAUAUGGCACUCAAGGCCAAGGAGAAGGAGAUCGCGCGCGGCGUGCUGCGCCGCAACGGCUGCUGGGACAAGCUGGUCUUUAAGAAGGUGCAUCAGGCCUUCGGCGGCAAUCUGCGUCUGAUGGUGGUCGGCUCUGCGCCGCUGGCCGGCAAUGUGCUGACUUUCAUGCGCUGCGCCCUCGGCUGCCUGGUGCUGGAGGGCUACGGCCAGACGGAGUGCACGGGCGCCAUAACGCUGACCGUGCAGGGCGACCAUGUGCCCAAUCAUGUGGGUCCGCCCGUCUCUUGCAAUGCCGUCAAGCUGGUCGAUGUGCCCGAAAUGGAGUACUUUGCCAAUCAAAACACCGGCGAGGUCUGCGUGCGCGGCUCCAAUGUGUUCCACGGCUACUACAAGGAUGCAGAGAAAACGGCCGAGGCCAUCGAUACCGAGGGCUGGCAUCACACAGGCGACGUCGGCAUGUGGCUGCCCAAUGGAACACUGCGCAUCAUCGAUCGGCGCAAGCACAUCUUCAAGCUCAGCCAGGGCGAGUAUAUUGUGCCCGAGAAAAUUGAGAAUAUCUACACAUUGAGCCAAUAUGUCAACCAAGUCUAUGUCUAUGGCGAAAGCUUAAAGAGCUGCAUUAUCGCUGUUGUUGUACCUGAUGUCGAUGUCCUGAAACAGUGGGCCACGGAAAACAAUGUACGCGGCACAUUAUCCGUCCUGUGCAAUAAUAAGAAUGUGAAGGAACUGAUCAUGAAUGACAUGCUCAACUGGGGCAAGCAAAGUGGACUAAAGUCAUUCGAACAGGUCAAGGAUAUCUACAUGCAUCCCGAUCCGUUUUCAGUGCAAAACGGACUCCUGACGCCCACAUUCAAGGCCAAGCGGCCGCAGCUGAAGAGCUAUUUCAAGCCCCAACUGGAAGAUAUGUAUAAACAUUUGGAUUAAAGCAAUAAACAAAACUAAAGUUAACCAAGUGCAACGAACAAACUAAACAGCAUUCAAAUUAAAUAACAGCAUAACUUUAUGCCUAAACUGAACAGAACAAAGAUUAACAAACAAUACAAUACAAUAUUUUGAAUACCAAACAAUAAGAAAAGAAAAACAAUAACAAUAUUUAUUAUAGUAUUUUAAAACGAACAGCAGUCAAAUUUUUUAAAGUUCCGUCAAUUCUUAGCAUGUAAGCAGCGCAAGAAGAUAUAUAUAUAUAUAUAUCUAUAUGAUGAUACAGAUACUGAUUCUUAACUGACAAACCACUUUUGGCAACAGCAUUUUUCUAUAUAAUUUAAUCAAUGACUAGCAGCUCUUAUCAACAAAACAAAAAUAAUAACAAAGUUAACUAUUUCCUAACCCCUAUGGUUCUUUAUUUAGAAUGAGAAAAUGUUUCAUAUAUUUAGCAAGAAAUGCGUAGUCUGAACGAAAACAUAUACAUAAUUGACAUAUUGAGACAACUUUAAAAAGAAAAAAAAAACCAAAGCUUUAAUUACCUAACACUCGUAUACUACACUCAGCGUUAGUUAAAACAAUGAAAAAGAAAACAUUUUUAAAAAUUAUAUACUAUGCUAAAUUAUAAAAAAAAACAAGGAAACUAAUACGUUAGGUAACUUAACAAACACGCUUUAAGGAAAACUAAAUUAAAAGUGAAUUUCUAACUAAAAACAAAUUCGGAGCAAUUACUGAAAAAAAAAAAUAAGCAGCAUACUAUAUAUAUUUAAAUAAAUACUACUUGGACUGCACUGUCUGCCUUACAAUUGAUAGAAACCCGUAGUCGGACACAAAAUCCAAAAAGUAAAUCUCUAUGAAUAUGCUCUAAACAUAAACCAAACCCUAUGCUAAUAAUAACAUAUUCCUUACAUAGGUAAAAAAGAACUAAAGUACGCGAAUUUAUGCAAUGAAUUCAAGUUAUAAUUUUAAAAUAAA